AUGCCUCAAGAGCACAGAGGAAGUGAAGAUUCAAUGGAAGGAAGCUUUGACGAAUGUAGCAAAUCUCCUUGGAUAUCAUUCUGUGACCUGGAUUUUGAGAACUUUGUUGGCAUUGAAGAUCACAUCUCUAAAAUGAGUGAGUUGUUGGAUUUGGAGUCUGAGGAAGUGAAGAUGAUUGGUAUAUGGGGUUCCUCAGGGAUUGGUAAGACUACAAUCGCCAGAGUUCUGUUCAGUCGUCUCUCUCGACACUUCCAAGGUAGCAUUUACAUAGACAGGCGUUUCAUAGCUAAGAGUAUGGAAUUACCGCAAGAGCAACCCGGAUGA